GAUCGCUUGAUUUGUAAGCCAGGAAAGCCGGAGGAGGAAGAAAGUAGGGAGAGAAAAGCCGUUUUCUCUCGGGAAAAAAAGAAGAAGACAAAAGGCUUUCUUUCUCUGUUUCGAAGAUAACAGAGAAAGAACCACAGCCAUGGGUGACUCAAACGAUUCCAUUCCUCUUGAUACUCAAAAGAUCUAUCUCGGUGGAAAGGAACAUCGUGUACGGACGCGCUGUGGUUCUGUUUCUGUUAUAGUUUAUGGGGACAAAGACAAGCCGGCAUUAAUUACAUAUCCUGAUUUGGCUUUGAAUCAUGUUUCUUGUUUCCAAGGAUUGUUCUUUUGUCCAGAAUCGGCCUCCUUGCUGCUCCACAACUUCUGCAUUUACCAUAUUAGUCCGCCUGGACACGAGUUGGGAGCUGCUCCUGUUUGUCCAAGUGCUUCUGCACAUUGUGUUGAUGACUUAGCCGAUCAGAUCCUUGAGAUUCUCAACUAUUUUGGGCUUGGAGCAGUGAUGUGCAUGGGGGUGACAGCGGGUGCUUACAUUCUUACUCUAUUUGCUAUGAAAUACAGGAAACGUGUUCUUGGGUUGAUACUUAUAUCCCCUCUUUGCAGAGCACCCUCUUGGACUGAAUGGUUCUAUAACAAGGUGAUGUCAAAUUUGUUGUAUUUUUAUGGAAUGUGUGGAUUGCUUAAAGAGCUUUUGCUUCAACGUUACUUUAGCAAGCAGGAAGUUCGCGGUAAUAUAGAAGUUCCAGAGUCCGAUAUAGUUCUAGCAUGCAGAAGAUUGCUAGAUGAAAGGCAUGGAUCAAAUGUGAUGCAAUUUCUUCAAGCAAUUAAUGGGAGACCUGACCUUACCAGUGGGCUGAAGAGGCUCAGAUGUCGAACCUUAAUAAUCGUUGGUGAUAGCUCACCGUUUCAUUCCGAGGCCGUAUACAUGGCAUCCAAGUUGGAUAGAAGAUUUAGUGCCUUAGUUGAGGUGCAGGCUUGCGGAUCAAUGGUGACAGAAGAACAGCCACAUGCAAUGUUGAUACCUAUGGAGUACUUCUUCAUGGGAUAUGGGUUGUACAGGCCCUGCUAUUUGAGUGGCAGUCCAAGGAGCCCCUUAAGUCCAUCUUGCAUCUCACCGGAGCUCCUCUCUCCGGAAAGCUCAGGUUUGAAUUUAAAACCGAUAAAAACCCGUGUUUCGCAUUACAUUUGAUGAAGUGGGGUGUCCAGAAAGAUUGGACGGAUUUAGUUAAUCUUUUUU